GGUUUCUUGCCGUCAGAUGAUCCUGGCUGCUGGCUGCAGGCUACAAUGUGGGUGUGGCCCUUUAAUUGUCAAUUACCGUCAGCCACUGAGGGCCUGACUAAUCAUCAUUUUGUCUGUGGUUCAUUCUUCCAGCUCAUGUGUGACAGGGAUCUGGCUCUCUGGGUCCAUGCAUGUGGAGGUCCAGCGCUCGGUGACGCGCAAACCUCUGUGUGCGCGCAUGGGUCAACAACACCUGAUCGGUGUGAUCAACACAGUGAAGCCUCCGGACUGCAGCGCACACACUGCCGGUGGUAACGGGGCUGUGGGUUCAUGCAUAAGGGGAUGACGGAUGGGGAGGUGGUGGUUCUGGACAGCCACCCGCAGCCGGACUACCGAAACCGGACGCGGCUGUACUGCAUGAAUGGCGGACAUCACCUCCAGAUCCUCCCGGACGGGACCGUGCAGGGCAGCAGGGAGGACUGUGACGCUCACACUGUUCUGAAGCUCAAAGCUGUGGACCGAGGUGUGGUGGUCAUCCAGGGAACAGAGGCAGGGCGAUACCUGGCCAUGAACGAUGAGGGGCGCCUGUAUAGUUCACCCACAGUCACUGACGAAUGCUACUUCCUGGAGAAACUGGAGGAAAACCACUACAACACUUAUCAACCUCAGAAGUAUAAGGAGAGGAACUGGUAUGUAGCGCUGAAAAAGAACGGAAAACCCAAACUGGGCCCAAGAACCCACAUCGGACAGAAGGCCAUCUUCUUUCUCCCCCGGCAGCUGGAUGACACGGGGGAGUGACGCCGCGGAGGCUGCAUGCGGUCAUCUGAGCGCCGGCUGCAUCACAAGCCACACUGACACAGCUCCCACUCGUCUAAAGGACCCAAUUCAGAUUUUUUCUCAUAUCUGAUGUUUUUGUCUGCGACUGUUCAUAUUCAUCUUUACACGUGACCUAUAUCUCACCUCAGUGUGAACAGAUCUGUACCAUGACCUCACAUUUACAACAAACAUGCUGCUGAACAGAAAACAUCAUUUGCAUGACAGUUCAUCAUCACUUUGAGUAAAUUAGUAAUGCAGGCAUUCAUUUCUUUUAUAGUUUGCUAUGGUAACAGUGCGUCAGCUGUUCAGGCUGAGGGAAAGAAGGCAAAAAAGGGGCUUUGAUUAAAGCGUCUUCCCAUGUAUCUGUUUAAUUUAUAACCUCUUGCCUCCCUGCAGUUGCUGCUGUGAUCCUCCAUAUUUUAUAUUGACGCACUGAUAGAGAUAUGAGUGUGCUCAGUGGGAGAGAAUUUCAGUCAGGUUUUUUUUUUUCCUUUUGCUGUUCACAUUGAAAUAAAAAACAGAUCUUUGCCAUAUUUGAAAAAAAAAAAAAAA